AUGUCUGCUCAGCAGCCCGCCAUUCUGGUGGCGCGCUUCCUGCGAGCAAAUAACUUUUCCAAUACUUUGGCUGCCUUCCUCCAGGAAGCAAAUCUGCCUCCCGAUGCAGGCAUGCUUUCGAAAGGCGAUCUCACCAUCGAGCAGGUGCUUCGCGAGAAGGAGACGUUCGAUCUGAGCUUGAACUUUGAGAGGCUCGGUGUCGAAGAUGCGGAUAAAGGGUGGCGGACUCCAGCGCCGUCAACUGCCACCGAGCUCACAACGUUACCCGCUGCGUCGAACAUACUGAAUACAUCCGUCGAACUUCUGGCUCUAUCCGACAACGCGCCGAAGCCCUUCAUACUGUCCACAACAGCAGAUCGUCGGCUAGACAUCUUGUCGACCUGUGAUGGCUCGUUCAAGCUCGAGCGCUCGCUCAGCCAGGUACAGGAUUCGCCAAUCCUAUCGUACAGCGUGCUCGGUCAAAGUCACAUUCUCAUGACCAGCAUGUCGGGAAAAAUUGUGCUCUACGAUUGCCUCUCUAACACGGUUGUCAGCGAGCGGCGGGAUCAUUCUAAAUAUGCUGUGAGGGUUGUCAGUCGCGUACAGGAAGAUGGUACAUUGGUUGCAACCGCGGGGUGGGAUGCGAAAGUGUUUCUCUACUUCAUUCAAGGCUCUGCAAGUGGCUCACUGCAGCUUCAAGCCCCCAUCGCCACACUGACGCUUCCCACGAACCCGGAAGCCUUGCUAAUCAUCGAGCAUCCCGAAACCGCAAAGCCUCUGCUCGUGCUGACAAGACGAGACUCGACGUUCCUGUAUUACUAUGCUCUCCCUGAAUCAGGAACUGCCGUCACAGACGGCCUCAAGUUGCUCGGGAGGCAGAACCUCGCACCAAGUUCAAACGCCUGGGUAGCCUUCACGCCGUCAAGCAUUUCACUCUGCCCGACGGACUCCUCUGUUGUGGCGGUGGCAACGUCUGCUGUUCCACACAUGAAGCUCAUUAUCCUGCGCCUGCUUGUACCGCCCGCGGCCGGCACCGAAGCUGGCUCGGAGGAGGUAGAUAGUGCGCUUGCGGCCCCAGCUCCGGGCACGAAUCAGAAUGAGUUCAUGACGCUGAACCAAACAAUGCAAGCGCGAGCGGCUUUGGCUCUACAAGAGCGCGAGCUUGCAGCGAUCGUUGUCCAGUGCAACACGAUGGCACCGCAAACAGCGUACUCGACGCCAACACUGGCAUGGCGGCCAGACGGGAGUGGUGUGUGGGUGAACGGCGACGACGGGGUUGUUCGAGGGAUAGAAGCCAGCACGGGCAAGGUGGUGGCGAGCCUGGGCGGACACGAGGCAGCGUCAAAGGUGCGGUGCGUUUGGGCUGGCAGAGUUGGGCAGGAUGGCGAGGAAUGGAUGCUCAGCGGCGGAUUCGAUCAGAAGCUGAUCGUUUGGCGAAUGCCGUCAGCGGGGGCUGAAUCUUCGCAGACAGUGACCCGGUGA